AUGCGCACAUCAAAGUUCUGUCUCCACCCGGCUGGGGACACACCUUCAUCUUGCCGACUAUUUGAUGCUAUAGUCAGCCACUGUGUUCCUGUUGUCGUGAGUGACAAAAUCGAGCUCCCGUACGAGGAUGAGAUUGAUUACUCGCGGUACUCUCUCUUCUUCUCUGACAAAGAAGCAGUACAUCCUGGUUUCUUGGUGGAAAAGCUUCAGAAACUACCCAAGGAAAAGUGGCUAGAAAUGUUAGUGCUGCUGAUCAUAGUGAGAGUCAUUACCUGGAGGGUAUAUGUUGUUGGAAGAUGCCGCUAUGUGGGACUAAGUGGAUGUGAUUCCUGGAAGUUGUGA